UCCUCGGGGAAAGAGGGCUUAGUUUUGCAUGUUCCCAUCCAGCGUGCGCGACGCGAACAGGGGCCCCCUUUCUCCACCUCUCCUCUCCUCUCGCGUGUACGUGGAACACCUUCCACUGGUGAGCAGCCUGCCUUCCGUGCGUGUUCUCGUCUCGCUGCGCUGCCGCCGGAGCACAAGAAGAAGACGAAGAAGAAGAAGCAUCUUUUCACGCGAGGGUUCUAUUUUUUUUUAAAAAACAAACUCCUGAAGGUUUCGGACGGCGGUUCUUCGGGGAUGUGUCCGCUUUGAGAGCAGCGCCACCCCGCACAAAUAAGUCAUUUUUACCCCCAAAUAUAACAACCUCCCCCCAAAAAAAACAAAAAAAAAAAACAAUUGUGUGGAUAUUUUGUCUUAAUAACUUAAGUCGAGCACUUUUGAGACUUGGACGGAGCGAAAGCGGGAGAGCCGACCUGUGGACUUUGCGCCGCCCCCGACACUCGCCCUCUUCUCGCCCUGAAGGAUAGCAGCGCGCCCGGUGUGGUGGACCCUUUCCUGUACCCGCCACCUCCGCUCUUCUUCGCGCAGGAGGCUCCCGCACAUUUGUCCUCAAUGUUUGGGAUUCAGGAGACGAUACCGCGGGGCGGGACCACCAUGAAGGAGGAACCGCUCGGUGGGCUCAACUCGGUCCGCUCAUGGAUGCACACGGCCGGGGUGGUGGACGCCAACACGGCCGCCCAAAGCGGAGUCGGCCUGGCCCGGGCACACUACGAGAAGCAGCCCCCUUCCAACCUCCGGAAGUCCAAUUUUUUCCACUUUGUUCUGGCCCUCUAUGACAGACAGGGACAGCCGGUGGAGAUCGAGAGGACGGCUUUUGUCGACUUUGUGGAGAAAGAAAAAGAGCCAACCAGUGAAAAAACUAACAAUGGGAUACAUUACAAACUACAGUUAUUGUACAGCAAUGGCGUCAGAACAGAACAGGAUCUUUACAUUCGGUUAAUCGAUUCCAUGACAAAGCAGGCCAUCAUCUACGAGGGCCAGGACAAGAACCCAGAGAUGUGCAGAGUUCUUCUCACGCAUGAAAUCAUGUGCAGCCGAUGCUGCGACAAGAAAAGCUGCGGCAACAGGAACGAGACCCCGUCAGACCCGGUGAUCAUCGACAGAUUCUUCCUCAAGUUCUUCCUCAAGUGCAACCAGAACUGUCUGAAGAAUGCAGGGAACCCACGAGACAUGCGCAGAUUCCAGGUUGUCGUAUCGACGACGGUCAACGUGGACGGCCACGUGCUGGCCGUCUCCGACAACAUGUUCGUGCACAACAACUCCAAGCACGGGCGAAGGGCUCGCAGACUGGACCCUUCAGAAGCAGCCACCCCGUGCAUCAAGGCUAUCAGCCCCAGCGAGGGAUGGACCACCGGCGGAGCCACCGUCAUCAUCAUAGGCGACAACUUCUUCGACGGCCUCCAAGUGGUGUUCGGCACCAUGCUCGUAUGGAGCGAGCUGAUCACGCCCCACGCCAUCCGCGUCCAGACUCCACCUCGGCACAUCCCCGGCGUGGUGGAAGUCACGCUGUCCUACAAGUCCAAGCAGUUCUGCAAAGGCGCCCCUGGGAGAUUUGUCUACACCGCCCUGAACGAGCCCACCAUCGACUACGGCUUCCAGAGGCUGCAGAAGGUCAUCCCCAGGCACCCCGGCGACCCCGAGAGGUUACCAAAGGAGGUGUUACUGAAGCGGGCGGCUGACCUGGUGGAGGCCCUGUAUGGGAUGCCCCACAACAAUCAGGAGAUCAUUCUGAAGAGGGCAGCUGACAUCGCUGAGGCCUUGUACAGCGUUCCCCGCAACCACAACCAGAUCCCCUCUCUCGCCAACACCGCCUCCCACGGCAUGAUGGGAGUCAACUCCUUCAGCAGCCAGCUAGCAGUCAACGUGUCUGAGUCCCAAGGCAACGACCAAGUGGGCUACAGCCGGAACACCAGCAGCGUGUCCCCCAGGGGUUACAUCUCCAGCAGCACCCCUCAGCAGUCCAGCUACAACACAGUCAGCAACAGCAUGAACGGCUAUGGCAACGCUGGCAUGAACCUGGGUGUGCCCAGCUCCCCGGGCUUCCUCAACGGCUCCUCUGCCAACUCCCCGUAUGGAAUUAAACAAAAGAGCGCCUUCGCCCCUGUGGUCCGACCUCAGGCCUCCCCACCCCCCUCCUGCACCAGCGCCAACGGCAACGGACUGCAAGGUGAGCCCCCCUCACCCCCUCAUCCUUUCCCCACGGACUACUGGUCAGAUACCGCUGCUCAGGCCUCUGUCCGGUUUGCCAUGUCCGGCCUCGUGGUCCCGCCCAUGUAAAAAAAAAAAAAAAAAUGCACUUUUUGAACGCCAGUCCACCACUUUUACCGGGACAAGCCCGCCCCCCCCCCCCCCCUCGCCCGCCCCCCCCUCUCUCUCGGCACACGGCUGGUGUAUAAUGUAUAAUCGACUGCUUGUUCUGUUUUUAAAGAUGGAGGUUUAAAAAAAAAAAUAUGAAAAAAAUGUCAAAAUGACUUUUAACCUUUGCCCCCCCGAAGAGAAAAAGGAUUUCGUGAGGAGGAUUUUUUUUUUUUUUUUUUUUUUUUCUUCCUGGGACUUUUUUUUUUUAAUUUUUUGGUGUGACCCUCGCCACCCCCCUCCUCCUCCACCCCUGACGAGGACACGUGAUGAUGAUGAAGGGUUUAUUUUGUAUACGCAUUCAAUACUGGAAGGGACUCUGCGUUGUACAGUAAAAAAAAAACAAAAAAAAACCACACUGAUGUACAGUAACACUUGCCAAUAUCAACUUCUUUGCCCCCCCCCUCCCUGUUCCAACUUUAUAAUGUGACUUUUUUUUGUUGUUGUUGUAUUUUUAAACGUGUGCGGGGGGCGAGGGGGGAGAAAAACACCGGGGCCAAGACCGUGUCAACUGGAAAUGAUAUUGAUCCUAAAAAAAAAGGCGAGGGGGGGGAAGAGAAAAGCUGGGGGGGCCAUGUUUCAUUCCUGCAUUUUAACUUAAAUUUUGUAAUUUAUUGUAGCUAGAAAAAAUGUCAUGAAGAAAAGGAGAAGAAUCCCGUUGGAGUCGACAAGCACACUGAUGAUGUGUACAGAAGCACUGCUCCGUUCAUGAUGAUGAUGAUGAUGAUGAUGAUGUACUUCCACGUCUAGAGCUUCCUUUUUAAAGCAAGUGUGUUUUCCCGCCAUUGUCACCGCCCCGUCGGUCCGCGCAUGCGCGAAGACCGCGACACUUCCUCCUUUACGGCAGCCAUGAUUGAGCACGUCGCCGCUUAAAACAAAGGUAAUACCGUGGUUUUCUUUUCUUUUUUUUUUGUCAUCUUUAUUUGAAUAACAAUGUCACAUUAAGUAAGCAAACGUUAUUUAUGAAACAAGUGUUUAUUUUGAAACCGUACAGAACGAUGUGCUCAGCAGCCUUAAAUGGCAAAGAAAUCAAUUUUUUUUUACUACUUUAUUUACAUCACUGACCAUUUAAAAGGCCGCAUAUAGAUUAGAGUUACAGUAAGUGCCUUGUUUAAAAGAAAAAUAGAUCGACAUUUUAAUAAUUAAAUCCGCCCCCGUGUGUCAUUUAUUGGCAUGACAGGGAAAGUUGUUUAAAAUGUGGCGAUACUACAUCAUUUUUUUUUUUAAUCCUACCCCAUGAUCAUGUGUAUAUUCGUGUUCCCUUUUUUAUUCCGCUGUGUUUUAUUAGUACAAAACAAUCAUUAAAGAUUGAAAUAUCACAGAACACGACGGCAAAGGUCGUCGUAAAAAAAAAUAAAAAAUAAAAAAUGGACGUCGUCUUCGCGCCACAGGAAGUGACGUCCAAUUUUAAUAAAUAAAUCCGCCCCCGUGUGUCAUUUACUAGCAUGACAGGGAAAGUUGUUUAAAAUGUGGCGAUACUACAUCGUUUUUUUUUUUAUCCUACCCCAUGGUCAUGUGUAUAUUCGUGUUCCCUUUUUUAUUCCGAUGUGUUUUAUUAGUACAAAACAAUCAUUAAACAUUGAACUAUCACAGAACACGACGGCAAAGGUCGUCGUAAAAAAAAUAAAAAAUAAAAAAUGGACGUCGUCUUCGCGCCACAGGAAGUGACGUCCAAUUUUAAUAAAUGUGGCGAUACUACAUCGUUUUUUUUUUUAAAUCCUACCCCAUGAUCAUGUGUAUUUUCGUGGUCCCUUUUUUUUUCCGAUGUGUUUUAUUAGUACAAAACAAUCAUUAAACAUUGAAAUAUCACAGAACACGACGGCAAAGCUCGUCAAA